AUGUCUGGCAACGAGUCCAAUAUGCCUCAUCGUCCGUCAUCAGAUGUGGGAUUCGAGCGGGCCGACGAACGUGAAGAUGGAACACAAAGCGAACAAAGUGGUACUCAUCAGGACCAAAAUUGGCGGCUUUUGUUCGAAAUGCAAAAUUCAAACAUGAAGGCGUUAAUCGAGGCUCUUCAUAAGCCUCAGCAGUCCGGAAAACAUGUGAAUCUUCCGGAGUUUGAUCCUGACAAGACCGAUGUGGAUGCACAGUCGUGGUGUGCUACGGCCGAUUUGUGUUUUGCAGACAACCCUUUGGAAGGAGGUCAGUUGAUUGUUGUUAUCAGUAAAGCCUUGAAGGGAGUGGCCUCGGCAUGGUUAUCCCAAAUAUCCUAUGCGGGUAUGACCUGGCCACAAUUUAAAGAGUUAUUUAGGGACAGAUUUGUAAGCGCUGAAACAACUGCGGCUACCCUCAUAAACUUAACCUCGGACAAGCCUAAAGAAAACGAGACCUUAGCAGCCUACGGAAGUCGAGUGAUGACAUCACUGCUUAAUCGUUGGAAGAAGGCCACAAUUGAACAAAUCGCUGUGUCACAAACACUUGCACACCUUGCUCAAUUUGAUACGCGAUUGCAACGAUUGGCAUUUACGACUGAAAUAAAUACUCGUCAGAAGUUACAACAAGAGCUACAGGCGUUUACCUACUUGAAACGCAAAUUUAAUGCUGUUGGAGAUCAAAAAGCGACAGACAACAAACGAAUGAAGAUGUCGCCUGGAAUCAAAUGCUUUCAUUGCGGAAAAAAAGGACACAAACUAUCAGAUUGUCUAUUUCGUAAAAAAGAUGGAAAAGCAAAACCGGUGAAGCCUCAACAAAAUACUACGAUGACGAAGCCUAAUCAUCAACAACAAACCACAUCAAGCGCUAUCGUCUGCUUCAAAUGUGGAACAACGGGUCACAUCGCAAGCCGCUGCACCAGUGGAGGAGCGGAGGCGACUGCUGUCAGGGAGCGUCGAGUGGACGUUUGCGAAGUGGAUCCACCAGCAGGGACUGCCAAACACCAAGGUCAGUGUUUCACUUUUCAUUAUGAUUCUGGGGCCGAGUGCUCAGCAGUGAAAGAAAGUAUAGCGUUUAAAUUUAGUGGAAAGCCUGAAAACAAUGUUGUUAGUAUAAAGGGUAUUACUAAAUCAAGUAUUUUAAGUACCGAGCAGAUUUUAUGUGUUGUAGAAAUUAACAACCAUCUUAUUGAAAUUUUAUUGCACGUUUUGCCUGACGAUUAUUUAAGUAGUGAUAUCCUGAUAGGACGUGAGAUUUUACGUCAAGGUUUUGGUGUUGUACAGACUGAAAAGCAGUUCAAUGUUUUCAAAGUAAAUACUGAUCAUUCUGAGCUACUCUCGUCAAAUUCGAUCAAUACAAGUAGUGAUGCCUUGGUGACUAAUCGACUUUCAGUUAAUGAUUUUUCUGCUGUAGACACCAGGGACCGGAACCGGUUACCUUAA